CCCGGUGAACUUCUACCGCCGCACACAUUCGUGAUCGGAACGGAGUACUAAUCCCGUGCAUGGUGCCUUCACCUCACCCUUCGAUCAGUUAUCACAUGGUGUCCGCCGCGAGCAUUCGAGCUUCCAUCACCCGGAAUGAUGUCGGGGAGAUGGGUGGGCGUUUUCUCCACGUCCUCCGUCCCCAGGACAUCCCAUCGACUGAUGCAUCGACGAACCCACGCAUCACUGAGCUUCUCGACACCUAUGUCAACGUUUUCGAAGCCCCGCACGGAGUCAUACCGGAUCGGUCAAUCCACCACGAGAUCAUCGUCAAGGUCGGGGCCAUACCUCCGCGUGGUUGCAUCUACCGCAUGAGCGAGGAAGAGUUAAGUGUGCCACGCGCACAACUCGACGACCUUAUUGAGAAAGGUUGGAUUCGGCCUAGCUCUUCGCCAUACGGUGCCCCCGUUCUCUUCGUCUGGAAGAAGAACACGGAUGUGCAGUUGUGCAUCGAUUAUUGCAAGCUCAACGCGCAAACCAUCAAGAACGUUGGCCCUCUUCCACGCAUCGACGACCUUCUUGAACGGCUGGGCGGCGCUAAGUUCUUCUCCAAGCUUGACCUCAAAUCGGGAUAUCACCGACUCGAGAUCCGACAGGAGGACCGCUACAAGACCGCGUUUAAGACACGAUACGGGCAUUUCGAAUCACUGGUUAUGCCUUUUGGCCUUACGAAUGCCCCAACCAGGUUCCAAGCGGCUAUGACAACAGAGUUUCGACAUAUGCUGGAUAAAUGUGUAUUCAUCUACCUUGACGAUAUCUUGGUGUACAGCCGGAGUUUAGACGAGCAUGUGGAGCACCUGCACACCGUUUUGGAGCGGCUACGACAAGCCAAGUACAAAGCCAACCGCGACAAAUGUGAAUUUGCGCGGCAGGAGCUCAAAUACUUCGGCCAUUAUAUGACACCGCAAGGCAUCCGUCCGCUCGCGGACAAGAUCGAGGCCAUCCUUGUAUGGCCCGAGUCCACCAACACCACGGAAGUUCGCUCAUUCAUGGGGUUGGCAGGCUACUACCAACGCUUCAUUACCGGGUACUCAAGGAUUGCUGCACCAUUGACGAGAUUACAAUCACCAAAGGUGCCAUUCGUAUUCGACGACGAAGCACGCCGGUCAUUCCAAGCACUCAAGACGGCCAUGCUCAUGGCACUCGUCCUUAGCAUCUACGACCCCACCUUGCUAAUGAGAGUGACAACCGACGCCCACGGCUAUGGUAUUGGGGCAGUCUUGGAACAACAAGACAGCGACGACUGGCAUCCCGUGGAGUACUUCAGCCACAAGGUGCCUCCCAUCAACUCACUUGAUGAUGCAAGGAAGAGCUGCUCACGUUCGUGAUGGCUCUCAAGCGAUGGCGGCACUUCCUCCUUGGGCGUCGUAGGUUCACACGGGUCACGGAUAACGAGUCGUUGACCU